ACUCAGAGUUCCAAACAACAUGCCUUCGAGAGUAACAACCACCAUGGGGACCCUCAAAACGAACUACCUUCUGUCGUUUCUACUGUUGGUAGCGUCACAACAGGUUGCUAGAGCAGAAAACGCCACAUCUGACGAAAGGCCAGACAUGCUGCGUCUAUACCAAGAUCUGUUUGUGAAGAGCGGCUACAACUCCAACGUCCGACCCGUGAGAGACUUCAGACGACCGACCAACGUCACCCUUGACCUGGCAUUGGCUCACAUCAUAGAAAUGGACGAGAGGAACCAGGUUCUGACGGCAGAUGUCUGGUUAAGAAUGAAAUGGACCGACGAGUUUCUGACAUGGAAUGUGAGUGAGUAUGGUGGGAUAGAGACCAUGGUGACGCCAGCAGAGAGUAUCUGGAGACCAGACUUGUUCCUUUACCACAAUGUUAACUACGAGUUUGACGGGUGGCUGGAUCGUGUCGUGAUGAUCUCUUCUGACGGCGUUGUUGACUGGAAAGCCCCCGCCGUGACCAUGUCUGCCUGUCUGGUGAACGUGUCCGACUUCCCGUUCGACAGGCAGGAGUGCAGCUUACAGUUCGGCUCGUGGAACCAGGACGGACGCUACGUUGACUACUACAGUAAGAAGGAAGUCGGAGACCUGGCUAACUUAAUCAGAAAUUCAGAGUGGGAGGUGCCGAAGUUAGUCGCAAAAAGAAGCAACCUUCUGUACAACGGAGUUCCGUACCCGGACGUGACCUUCACCAUCCACAUGGCCCGGCGACCAACCUUCUACGUCACCAACAUGCUCGUGCCCUGCGCCCUGCUGGCCUUCCUGAUGGGGGCAACCUUCUACCUGCCGCCCGACUGUGGGGAGAAGAUCUCGUUCGGCGUGGCGGUCCUGCUGUCCCUGGCGGUGUUCCAGCUGCUGGUGGCGGAGGCCGUGCCUCGGUCCGAAAACAUCCCCGCCAUAGUUCGCUUCAUCAUCGCGUCCCUGGCACUCAUGACACUUUCCCUCCUGGCCUCUUCAUUCGUCAUCAAUUUGGGAGACUCCGUUCGAGACAGCAAACCUGUACCCGCGUGGGCGCGGAAGGUGUUCCUCAAGUACGCCUCUAAAGCACUCCUAAUGGGUGACCAAUCCAAACACAGCGUCCCGACCCAACACAUGGAACACGGCAGUAACAGUGAGGUAAUCGAGAACAGUAUGCGUUCUGCUGCCGAACAUAGAUCGAGAGCCAUCAAAAAACAGCGGGAGAGUCUACUGCAAAUCAAGGGCGCGGUCGAGGAGAUCUCCAGGUACAUCAAGAGGAUAGACGCGGUGAAAAACAUCCACAACGAUUGGAAAACUCUGGCGAUAGUGGUGGAUAGGAUCUUCCUCGUGCUGUACAUUAUUGCCUGUGCCAUCACCCUCCUACUGACCUUACUAAGCAUCGGGAUGUGGGGGCAACUACAUCGAGAGACAAUGUCCGGGCAAACAUAACUUCUUCUUUUUACUUUUCUUUAUUUCUGUCCUGAAAUACAUAUAUAUAGAAGUUUAUUUACAAGUUCAUGCCCGAGGGCUAAUUGCAAGUACAUGGUAUAAGGAUAUAAUUUAUACAAGUGACGUACAUUAUUGUACUAUGUGCAGUAUGCUUGGUGAAUGAAGGUAA